CUCCCACUGUUUCCCUACUGUAAAAGCUUCUGCUGCCCGAUGGAAACGACCUGGGCACUGAUCUGAGAUCAGUUUGAUGUGGUACACCAGGGCACAGCGGCCAAAAGAGCAGUACAGAGAGAGAAAGAGAGAGAGAGAGAAAAAGCUCUCACACACCCUUCACUCAAACAACAUUUCCCCACCUCUCUUUUUCUCUACCUCGUCCACUUUUGUGUGCUGAAACGAGGGCAGAGACGAUUUUUACAGACAAAUCAGGGGAGGACAUUUAGUUCCACAGAAUAGCUCUUUUCUUUCAGCCUGAGCUCUUUGGAAACGUGUUUUAUCUGGGUAAACAGAAGAGCUGUGUGGCCACAGGAAUUCCAGGUCACAAGGAUUCCUCCGGCAAGGAUGACUUCACCUGUGACAGAUUCAUUUCCUCUCCAGGAAUGAGACCUGUGGCAUUGACUUUGAGAGGAACCGAAGACGGUAACAGGGACUUUUGCCUUUUUAGACCAUUGGGGGAGCAUAGAGUUCUUUUUGGACAUUAUGGGGCUGUUUUCAAUGGACCAGAGUGCCCUUCUGGUGGUGGCCGCUCUUUUCGGAAUGUACCACACUGCUGAAGGGGGAUGCUCAGGACGGUGCUGUCAAGGCACAGAUUUCACCUGUUUCACUACAGACUGGAGGAUGGACCGUGUCUAUGGGAUGUGUUAUUGUGAUGAGAGGUGUGUAAAGACUAAAGACUGUUGCUUUGACUACCCAACAGAGUGCCCAGCCCAGCCGUGUGUAGUGAGUGAGUGGAGUCACUGGAGCGGGUGCGCACAACCCUGCCAGCCGUCAUUCCGGGUCCGGAGACGCAGUGUUGAGAGACUGCCCCAAAACAGCGGACAGGCCUGUCCAAGGCUGGAGGAGCAGGCCGGAUGCAUGGAGUAUCAGGAUCGCCAGGGCCAGUUUUGUGCUCAGAUGCAAGGAGCAGCAUUUAUUACCACAAUGGAGUUCAGCAAAGGCAGAACACAUGAUUUGUAUGGGGCCCAAGUGGAUGCUGGUUUCUGUAUGGAGUUCAAGAUGGAGUCUCUGACCCCGCAGUGCACAGUGGAGAACAGACCCAAUACACGCUGGAUGCAGUACUUGAGGGAGGGCUACACUGUCUGCGUGGCUUGCCAACCUCCAGCCAUGAGCAACCACAGUCGGGGCUGUCAAGGAGACGGUAACCAAGCUGAGAGGGAUGAGCUUCUACACUGGCAGGCGGUGGGAAGUCCUCGCUGCAGAGGAACAUGGAGGAAAGUACAGAAACUACAGCACUGCUCCUGCCCAGAAGUGCACAGCUUCAUUUUCAUUUAGACAGUCUAUAAACAAAGAUGCUUCUUCAAACUCCUUGUUAAAAUCCACAAAUGAGCAAAAUGUUCUAUUAGACAUAUAUAUUAAAAACACCUCAUCACAUUUACUCACAUUUAUUAAAAGCUCUUUAGUUUUUUUUAGUUUUUUUGUACAGUAUUGUUUCAAAUGAACUUUUUUUUUCUUUCUGUAAAAUAAAUCCAGGAACAGAAUCUGUAAAAUAAAUCCAGGAACAGAAUUAAAGGCAAACAAAGCUUUCAUAUGUCUCACUUGCAUCCUCUACUGGACAAAUGUUGGCCUUACAGUUCAAACAAACAGCAACAGGACACUUUGAAAGUUAUUAUACUACUCAUCAGCAAUACUGUUCUGCCAAAUGGUAUUUUGAACUUUUAAUUGACCCAAAAAAAAAAAAAAAAAAAAAAAUAUAUAUAUAUAUAUAUAUAUAUAUA